AUGGUUGCAAGGCUGUUAAGUGAUCUGCCCAAGCCAACUACGAUCAAGCAAGCCCUGCGCAACGGGCUUGGCUUCUUCAGCAAGCUGCAAACCGCAGAUGGCCACUGGGCGGGCGAUUAUGGCGGCCCAAUGUUCCUGCUGCCUGGCUACGCCAUUGUCAUGUACAUCACCAAGCAGCCCAUCGAGGACGAGGCACGCGCAGAGAUCAUCCGCUACCUCUCCAACCUGCAGAACCCGGACGGCGGCUGGGGCAUCCACAUCGAGUCCGAGUCAACUGUCUUCGGCACCAGCCUCAACUACUGCGCCAUGCGCAUAUUGGGUGUUGACCGCGCAGAUGACCGCCUGUGCCGCGCGCGUGUGUGGCUGGCCGAGCGCGAGGGGUGCCUUCGUGUGCCGUCGUGGGGCAAGUUCUGGCUCGCGGUGCUCAACGUGUACUCGUGGGAGGGCGUCAACUCGCUCUUCCCCGAGAUGGUGCUGCUGCCGCAGUGGUUCCCCUUGCACACGCAGCGCAUGUGGUGCUACGCGCGCACGGUGUACAUGCCCAUGUCGUGGCUGUACGGCAAGAAGUACCAGUGCCCCGUCGACUCGCUCAUCCACGAACUCCGCAGCGAGCUCCUUCCAAAGCCCUUUGACGAGAUCAACUGGGCGUCCUACCGUAACGAGGUGGCGUCCGAGGAUUUGUACACGCCGCACACGCGCGUGCUGGACGCGUUUUAUGCUGCCGUGAACGUGUACGAGAAGUUUGCGCCGGCGUUCCUGCGCCGCUGGGCACUCGACUGGAUCUACGAGGUGCUGGAGAAGGAGAACGAGUUUACGAACAACAUCUGCAUCGGCCCCAUCAACAAGAUGACAAACAUGCUCAUCGUCUGGAUCCAGGAAGGUCCCGAGAGCACUGCGUUCCGAAAACAUGCCGAGCGUGUUAAGGACUACAUGUGGCUCGGGCGUGAUGGGAUGAAGAUGAACGGCACAAACGGCUCGCAGCUGUGGGACACCGCCUUUAUGGUGCAGGGCAUGAUUGAGACCGACCUCAGGGACGAGUUCAAGGAUGUGUUCCGCAAAGCACACGACUACAUCGAUGUCGCCCAGAUCCAGCACAACCACCCGGAGCACCGCCGCUACUACCGUGACGAGACCAAGGGCGGCUGGCCCUUCAGCACCCGCGCAAUGGGCUGGAUCGUCGCAGACUGCACAGGCGAAGGGCUGAAGGGUGCGCUGAUCUGCAAGCGCAACAACUACACGCCGACGCCGCUGUCUGAUUCGCGUCUGUUUGACGCCGUCGAAAUUCUGCUCAAGAUGCAGAACAGCACGGGCGGUUAUGCCACGUGCGAGAAGACGCGCGGCUCGCACCUCUUUGAGUGGUUCAACGCAUCGGAGGUGUUUGGCGAGAUUAUGAUCGACUACGACUACGUAGAGUGUACAAGCUCCGCCCUGCAGGGGCUGUGCCAGUUCCGCGACAUGUACCCGGACCACCGCCGGAAGGAGGUCGACGCAGCUAUCACCCGCGCCAUCAACUACCUGUUCCGGAUGCAGCGUGCGGACGGGUCGUUUGAGGGCAUGUGGGGCAUCUGCUUCACGUACGGCACGUGGUUUGCCCUUGACGGUCUCGGCGCGGCCGGAUACGAUUGCACAGACCCGCGCAUCAUGAAGGCAUGCGACUUUCUCGCUUCCAAGCAGAAGCCAGACGGAGGGUGGGGCGAGACGUUCCUGUCGUGCGUGCACCGCGAAUACUCGCAGCAUCCAAAGUCGCAGGUGGUCAACACCGCGUGGGCCGUUCUCGGCCUCCUCAAGCCGUUUUGUUGA